UUAUUAUUAUUGUCGUCGUCGUCGUCUUCGAUAACCGAAAUCGGAACAAGACGAACACCGAAUUCGGAUGGACUAUUAAAUUAUAAUUAACAACAAUAAUUAACAAUAUAAUAACUGUAGAAAUAAAAAUGUUUACAUUCCCACGUCCCUCGACAUAGUGACAACGACAUUGACGUCGGUGGGACCGUUGUGACCCGCAUCCCCUGAAACGACCACCGCCUACACUAAAAUCCACCACCACCCGCGGAUACAAAAAAGCCAGAAAUGGGCAACGCUGACACCAAACUGGUAUUCCGAAAAGCCGUUGUUCAGCUGACGUCCAAGACCCAGACCAUCAGUGCUGAGGACAACGAUUUCUGGGAUCAGUUCUGGUCGGAGACCGUCACUAAUGUGCAGGACGUGUUUACUCUUGUGCCGGCUGCCGAGAUCCGGCUACUCAGGGAGGAUGUACCUGCUAAUUUGGCCACGCUAUGCUACAAAGCAGUCGAGAAGUUUGUCAAGGCUGUGGAAAACAGCUGUCGGACACAACAAGAUCAAAAUACAGUCUUGAACUGCUCACGACUAUUGACCAGAGUUCUCCCAUAUGUCUUUGAGGAACCAGACUGGGAAAACAUAUUCUGGUCCAGCUUGCCGGCCGGCAAAGGAGAUCCGCCCAUACCAUUGGCACAUUCGUUGUGUAGUGCUAUAUGUGAUUUAUUGUUUUGCCCAGAUUUUACAGUCGCAUCCAAUCGUAAAAACGGUCCGGAUAAAGCAGAAGAUUUACAUGCUGUAGAUAGCUGUGAAUACAUUUGGGAAAAAGGAGUGGGUUUUGCACAAUCUCCUGUAAAAAAUGCGACUUUUGAAUCAAAUCGCACCGAACUACUGCGUUUACUGUUGACGUGUUUCAGUCAAGCUAUUUAUUCACCGAAUCAAAAUGGUAAUAGGUGGGUACAAUAUGUAACCUCAGCUGAAAAUCGCCAUGCAUUGCCUAUGCUUACAUCUCUUUUGAACACUGUGUGCGGUUACGAUCCUAUUGGCAUGGGUGUUCCAUACAAUCAUCUUCUAUUUGCUGACACAUCUGAACCAUUAGUUGAUAUGUGUCUACAAAUCAUUAUUGUCGCUUUAGAUUCUGAUGUGCAACAGAAUGAUGAAGCUGCCAUAGACAAUUUGUUUAUUAAUUAUUUAUCAAGAGUCCAUCGAGAUGAAGACUUUUCAUUUAUUUUGAGUGGAUUUACAAGGUUGUUAAUGAACCCUCUACGACAGACUUAUCUUCCACAUUCCACCAAAAAAGUGCAAUUUCAUCAAGAGCUGUUGAUAUUCUUUUGGAAAAUAUGUGAAUUUAAUAAAAAAUUUCUAUAUUUUGUACUCAAAAGUAGUGAUGUCCUUGAUGUUUUAGUACCAAUUUUGUAUCAUUUAAAUGAUUCCAGAGCAGAUCAAUCUCGAAUUGGUCUUAUGCACAUUGGGGUAUUUAUUUUGUUAUUACUUAGUGGUGAGAGGAAUUUUGGAGUACGUCUCAACAAGCCAUACACUACAACAAUACCCAUGGACAUACCAGUGUUCAGUGGUACACAUGCAGAUCUUCUUAUUGUUGUUUUUCAUAAGAUAAUCACAACUGGACAUAAUAGAAUGCAACCGCUCUUUGACUGUCUCCUAACAAUCUUAGUGAAUGUGUCUCCGUAUUUAAAAACUCUGUCAAUGGUGUCGAGUACAAAGCUUUUGCAUUUAGUGGAUGCAUUUACAACUCCUUGGUUUUUAUUUUCUUCGCCAUCUGCCAACCAUCUUGCUUUUUUCUUAUUGGAGAUUUUCAAUAAUAUCAUACAAUAUCAAUUUGAUGGUAAUUCAAAUUUAGUAUAUACAAUUAUACGUAAGAGACAAGUUUUUCAUAGUUUAGCAAACUUGCCAACUGAUUACAGUACUAUUAUCAAAUCUCUAACUAAAAAGGCAAAGAGAAAUAUGCAAGCCACUAGCUCUAUUAGUCUUACAGCUGCUACUGAAACACCAAGUAUGGAGGGAUCUACACCUGCAUUGCCCGCAGAGCCUGGAACUCUUAAUGCCACACUUCCAGAUACUCCUGGCGUAAUGAAAAUAACAGAACGUGAAAGUGCUCAUCCGGGAAACUUAACAUUACCCGCUGAACUGGUUACCUCUAAUGGCAUGACAAAGGAAUUUAUGAAACAAUCUUCUAACCAAGGAGAUUGCUCUCCAACAACAUCGUCGCCUAAGAAUGAUGCUGAAUGGGCUCCGACCACAGAAUGGGUACGAUCUUGGAAGGAAAAGCUGCCAUUGCAAACAAUCAUGAGGUUACUGCAAGUGCUAGUGCCUCAAGUGGAAAAAAUAUGCAUAGACAAAGGUUUGACGGAUGAAAGUGAAAUACUAAAGUUCUUGCAACAUGGUACGUUAGUAGGACUGUUACCAGUCCCUCAUCCAAUACUCAUAAGGAAGUAUCAGUCAAAUCCAGGAACAACUGCUUGGUUUCGAACUUAUAUGUGGGCUGUUAUAUUUCUUAGAAACAUUGAUCCUCCUAUUUGGUAUGAUACCGAAGUGAAACUUUUUGAAAUACAACGCAUGUAGGAUUCUUAUAAUGUUUGUUGUUUGUUUUGAUUUUGGAGAAGACAAUUUAUAUGAGAACAAUUCUUUAAUGCAUUAUGCAUUUUAUGUUUUUUUUUAAUGUGUGAACUUUUUCCUUUUUGGAUUUUAUUGAGUUCUUUGGUAUAAUUGAAUGUGAGCAUCUUAAAGUGAUUCGUGUCCAUUGAAAAAAUACAUUUCAGUUCUAUGUUUUUAUGUACAGUAAAACCUCGCUAAGACAGAAUCGCUCGGGACUGUCCAAUUAUUCCAGCUUAAGGGGCUGCACAGGGCUUACAGGGCGCAUUGAUCUUGGAUUUCAAAAAUUCUAUUUCUAAACCAUAAAAUACGAUUUUGAAUAUGACCAAUUUUCACAAUAUUUUAUUAUUUUUAUUAUGUUUGUUUUAAGCAACAAAAUUAAAAAUCAAAGUCCAAUGCGCCCUGUAGAAAAUUCUUCUCUUUCUAACGUACUAAAUAAUUAAUCAAAUCAGACCAUGAUUACUCUAUGAUGCGUGAGUUUUUCCUGUAAAACGUGUUUUGAGUAAAAAAUUAUGCCUAUUAUUUUUGGUCGGUGUUACUGUUGAAAUAUGCGCAUGCAUUGUUUGUGUUUAUAACACGGUAAUCGCACACAAUCACAAUCACACUAAUCAUUAUUGACGACUAACACAAAUGCCAUGGGCGGGGCAACAAAAUUGCUUAUUGCCAAAUAUUGCCCCUUAUUAAAUACACACAAGCAGGUCCCUUAACAGUUUCCGAACUUGACGGAGUUCACAUUCAUUAUGUAUCUGAAUCGGGAACAAAAAAAUUGUUCGUGAUACCGGGGUUUCCAUCUUACCGAAGUUUUACUGUUUAUACAUUCCUAAUUUGUAAAUCUGAACAAUGACUAAUUGAAUAAUAUAUUAAUAUUCUCUAUGAAUUCAUAUUUUUCUAAUAUAGGUUAGGAUAGAAAAUAUUGACUAUACAUCUAUAGCCGUGAUAGAAACCAAUAGAAACUUCCCCAAAAUAAUAAUAUUAUGAUAUAGUGUUAUUAUAAUAAAAAAGUUAUCAGCUACUAUUUUUAAUACUGUUGGGUGUAUUUUUUUACAUGGAUAACCUAAUCACAUUAUAACUCAACAUAAACUUUUUUUAACUGUUUAAAAUGUAUAAUUUAUUGUGUACUAUUUUAUACUUAGACCUUGAUAAAUGGUGCUUUGUAAAAAAGCUAGAACAAUAAAUUGUGUUUUACUUAUGAUAAUUUAUAAUACAAUUUUAUCUAUACAAAUAUACAAAAUGAUUUGGCAACUGAUGCAAUGCAAAACUAUACUCAUGUUUAACCUUUUGUAUAUUAUAAUUUAUAAUAUAUUAAUAUCACAUUACAUAGUAUUCAACAAAUUAAUGAUUUUGGGAACAGACAUAAUAUCACUUUAAGAUGUAUUUUUGUACCACGAGUUUAACUUAUGAUUUGUUAUAUUUAAAUAUUUAUGUUUAUUAAAUGUUUGCAAAAAAAGAUAUUUUGAGAUUAACAGUAUUUUAUUAACUUAUUUCUGAUAAAAUAUAAUAUAU